AUGCCCGCGACGGCGACGCGUUCGUUCAGAUUAAACCCUAUAUGCAAGGUUGAUUCGAGCGUGGAGGUCUCGUCCAAGAAGUCGAGCCUGUCGGCUUUGGAGAUGCUCAAGAGCUCCGCUGCUAGUCGCUAUACGAAGGAAAGUAGCAGUAUCGUGGUCAUAGGGCUUAAUUACCAUGCAACACCCAUUGAGAUACGCGAGAAGCUCGCCAUCCCGGAAGAACAGUGGCCUAAAGCAAUUGGUGAACUAUGUGAUCUGAAUCAUAUAGAGGAAGCUGCUGUUCUCAGCACAUGUAACAGGAUGGAAAUAUAUGUUGUGGCUCUAUCUCGAAACCGUGGAGUUAAGGAAGUGAUGGAAUGGAUGUCUAAGAUAAGUUCGGUUCCAGUUACAGAGCUAUCCCAAUACAGAUUCUUGCUCUUCAACAAAGAUGCCGCCCAACAUCUAUUCGAGGUCUCCUCCGGGCUCGACUCCCUUGUCUUGGGAGAAGGCCAAAUCCUCUCUCAGGUCAAGCAAGUCGUGAAAACCGGGCAGAACGUCCCGGGCUUUGCACGCACGAUCCACGGGCUUUUCAACCACGCCAUAACCGUGGGAAAACGUGUUCGGACCGAAACCGGCAUCUCCACUGGCUCCGUAUCCGUCAGCUCGGCCGCAGUCGAGCUCGCCAUGUCCAAACUUCCGGAACAUUCAAGAAAAAUGCUCGUCGUGGGGGCCGGCAAAAUGGGAAAACUCGUCAUCAAACACUUGGCAGCCAAGGGAUGCCGGAAAGUAGUCGUCGUCAAUCGAACCGAGGAAAAAGUAGCCGCCCUACGAAAUGAGCUCAAAGACAUCGAGAUCGAGUACAGGCCCUUUUCGGACAUUUUACCGUGUGCAGCUGAAUCAGAUGUUGUUUUCACAUGUACUGCCUCUAAAAGACUCAUCUUUUCGAAGGAUGAUGUCCAAACGUUCAUGGGCCGGAAGCUGUUCGUUGAUAUAUCGGUUCCUCGCAAUGUGGGCCCAUGUGUAUCGGAAAUCGAGGGCGUGAAGCUUUACAAUGUGGAUGAUUUGAAGGAAGUUGUGGCUGCUACUAAAGAGGAUCGCUUGCAGAGGGCAAUGGAGGCUCGGGAUAUUAUCUUAGAAGAGGUGAUGAAGUUUGAGGAGUGGAAGGACUCUCUUGAAACGGUCCCGACUAUUAAGAAGCUACGGGCUUACGCCGAGAGGAUUCGAGCUUCUGAGCUCGAGAAGUUCGUUUCGAAAUUCGGGGAUGGGAUCACAACGGACCAAAAGAAGGCUGCAUACGAUUUCAGCAUGGGGCUCGUAAACAAGCUGCUCCAUGGGCCCAUGCAACAUUUGAGAUGUGAUGGUAAUGACGAGCGGGGUUUGAGGGAGAUAUUGGAAAAUAUGCACGCGCUUAACCGGGUGUUCGGCCUGGAUACAGAGGUGUCUGUUUUGGAGGAGAAAGUUCGGGCGAAGAUUGAGAAAAGCCGGAAAGGAGGUUCGUGA